AUGCACCGUGUUGGCUCGGUGGCACGUGCGGCGCGCUUGGGCACCGCCGCGUGUAAACGAGCACAAUCGACUACAGCUGCACCGGAGAAGAUUGAAGUGUUUAUUGAUGAUAAGAAGAUACUUGUGGAUCCUGGACUAACAAUUCUGCAAGCAUGCGCUUUGGUAGGCAUAGACAUUCCUCGGUUCUGCUACCAUGACCGUCUGUCGAUUGCCGGUAAUUGUCGAAUGUGCCUCGUUGAGGUUGAAAAGAGCAUGAAGCCAGUGGCAUCGUGCGCAAUGCCAGUAAUGAAAGGAAUGAGGGUAAAAACCAACUCAGCACUUACACGUAAGGUACGAGAAGGAGUUAUGGAAUUCCUGCUUACUAACCAUCCCCUUGAUUGUCCCAUCUGUGAUCAG